AUGUUCAUGCUGCUUGUGAUAGGAUUAUUGGUGGCGACGGUUGGUACUGAAGCGUUCACGAACCCGAUAGCACCAAAUGCGCCCGACCCAUGGAUGGUCUCCUAUGAAGGCUUCUAUUACUUGAUCGCUACCAGUUGGGACAAUUACUUUAGCAUACGAAAGGCUACCACCUUGGAAGGUCUGAAAAAUGCUUCGAACACGGUGGUGUACACAUUCGACGGUCAUACGGGAUGGGCACCAGAACUUCAUCAAGUAGACGGAAAGUGGUACCUUUACUACACGUCAUGCGCCCCAGGCACUGAAAACUACGCGUGUCACAGGAAUCAUGUGGCAGAAAGCGUUGGGGAUGACCCGAUGGGGCCCUAUUCACAUAAGGCGGAUUUAAUCGAUGACGGUGACCCGAUGGAAUUGGAUCCCAGUUUGAUCAAGAUCAAUGGUAAGUUCUAUUUGAUCGCGUCGUUCAUUGCCGACACCCAACAGUUGUACAUACGGGAACUGACUAAUCCUUACACGCUGGCACCUGGUGUAAAACACAUGAUAUCCGCCCCGACAUAUGACUGGGAGAUAGAAGGUGGCACUACUAACGAGGGGCCUGAACCUCUCUACCAUGACAACAGAACCUUCAUAGUCUACUCGGCCAGUUCAUGUGCCACACCUGAUUACAAGCUUGGUCUCUUGGAGUUUGUGGGCACAGAUCCACUCAACAUCACACACUGGAAGAAGUAUCCCAAUCCUGUGUUCCAAAAAGACGAAGGCCAUCAUGUGUACGGCCCCGGACACAACGGGUUCUUUAAGUCAGCGGAUGGAACAGAAGACUGGAUCGUUUAUCACGCUAACAGUAGUCCGGAUGGUGUUUGCUAUAUGGACAGAUCGUCACGGGCACAGAAAUUCACUUGGGGCGCCGACGGACUUCCCAUAUUUGGUGUUCCCGAAGCCGAAGGUGUGGAAUUGGAAGAACCAUCCAGCGAACAAUAA